AUGACGAAAUUCGCAAAAUUUGAUUGGCAAGAUCCACUACGAGUUCAUGAACAGCUCACAGAUGAAGAAAAAGCAAUUCAAGAAACCGCCUAUGAUUUCUGUCAAGAAACUUUGGCACCUAAAGUAACGGAAAUGUACAGAAAUGAAAGUUGGGAUCCUUCCAUCUUACCUGCUUUGGGUGAAUUGGGCUUACUUGGUCCAACGAUCAAAGGAUACGGAUGUGCAGGUGUCAAUUACGUUUCGUACGGUUUGAUCACACGUGAAUUGGAACGUGUUGAUUCGGGUUUCAGAAGUAUGAUGUCCGUUCAAUCUUCACUUUCAAUGGGUUCCAUUUAUCAAUUCGGUACGGAAGCACAAAAGGAGAAGUAUCUUCCUCGAAUGGCAAAGGGUGAACUUGUUGGUUGCUUUGGUCUUACCGAACCUAAUCACGGAAGUGACCCAAGCGGAAUGGAAACUUGGGCAGAAGAUGUAGGUGAUGGAGAAAUCUUGUUGAACGGAAGCAAAACUUGGAUCAGUAGCAGUCCUUACGCUGAUCUUGCAGUCGUUUGGGCUCGUUGCAAGUGGGACAACAAAGUUCGUGGUUUCAUUGUCGAAAAAGGAACAAAGGGUUUCAGUUGCCCUCCAAUCAAGCACAAGACCAUGUUGCGCGCUAGUGUUACCGGAUCGAUCUUCUUGGAAGAUGUUAGAGUGAAGCGGGAUGAAUCACUCAUGCCUCACUCCAAACCAGGUCUUGGUGCUCCAUUCGAGUGCUUGAACAAUGCAAGAUAUGGUAUUGCAUGGGGUGCAAUUGGUGCUUUGGAAGCAUGCAUCGCAGAAGCAAGACAAUAUUCUUUGGACAGAAAACAAUUCAAGAAGCCUUUGGCUGGAUUUCAGUUAGUGCAGAAGAAGUUGGCAGAUGCAAGUACAGAAGCAAGUUUAGGUUUAUUGGCCGCAUUGCAACUCGGACGUGCAAAAGAUGCAGGCACUUGGAGUCCAGAGAUGGUCAGUCUUUGUAAGCGAAACAAUUGCUACAAAGCAUUAUCUAAUUCUCGCAUCUUGAUGGAAAUCCUUGGUGGAAAUGCAGCUUCGGAUGAAUACCACAUCCCAAGACAUGCUCACAACUUGCAUGUUGUGCACACCUACGAAGGAACAUACGACAUCCACGGCUUGAUUUUGGGUAAAGCUUUGACUGGUGAACAAGCAUUCUUCUGA